AUGGACAAUUCUGGCGAUGCAGCAAUCAUCAACACAAAAAAGACCAGACUAGAAAAUGAAGGACUCGCUGAAGACGGCUACAGAUGGAUCACCGCACAAAGCAUCAGACUAUACUCAUGCUACUGGUCCCCUAACUCCACCUUCAAAGAGUACCAGGACUUCCUAACAAGUCUCGAAGCAAGCAUAAGAAGUGAAACCACGGAGGUACUUAUUGCAGGGGAUUUUAAUGCCAAGCACUCGGACUGGGGGUCACCGACAAAUGACAAAAGAGGGGAAGCUCUAGUAGACCUUAUCAACUCCAUCGGACUCGUUACAUGCAACAAGGGGAAGAAAAGCACGUUCCACAAAGGCUCCAUAAUCGACCUCACCAUAGCUUCGCCCGCGCUGGCACAGAAAAUAAAGAACUGGAAAGUGCUAGACGACGUCUCAGUAAGCGACCACUUCUACAUCGAAUUCGAGCUAAGCCUCGAUAACAACAGAAAUAGUGGAAUCACCCCAAAACACCCAAGACUGGACCUAGACAAACUAAAGGCAGUCCUACUAUCGGACAAGCUGACCCAGGCUCCAGAACUCACAGACGCGGAGCAAUGCGCCAACACCCUAGUAUCGGACAUACACGAGUGCCAAAACAACAGAACCCUAAACAGCAGAAAACAAAGGAAAUCGGUACAUUGGUGGACACCAGAAAUAUCGAGACUGAGAAGAGAAGCUAACCACCUCCGCAGGAUUCACCAACGGAAAAGAAAAAGAUUGGGGCAGAAGCGAGCACUGCUGAAGCAAAUGACGCAAAGUCAGCAAAAAUGA